AUGGCAUCGAUUGAAAGCAAGGACGACGGAGGCCGCAAAUCUUUGGAAAGCGUCUCACAAACUCAGGCAUCUGGAACUGGGAGGAACUUAACUCAUCGCCGCCCUCGCUUCACCAACCUAGGUGAAGCACACCGGAACAUCACUUCCAAGAGCGUACCUGAUAGUAGUGUACAUGUAUCUCAGAAGCUUGACGAAGGAAGUGACGAGAGUCGCGAUAGCUCGCAGCAGCUGGCCAGUCUAGUUGGAGGAUUCGCUACUUGCUCAACUUUAUCCCAGCACGACUUCCUACCGAAUCCCAUUACUUCCUCCAUUGCAAAGCCUUUUGCACCAUUUCAUGCCGACUCUACAACCUCCACAUUUCCUACUGCAGACGUGCCCGAGCCGACACCAGAGGCUGAUGUGAUAACAGAAUCUCCAGAGCACAACGUCUCGAGUCCUAAGAUGGACGAAUCUCUAAAUGAGUCUGGCAAUACGGUAGAGAAGAUCGUCGAUCACUAUGCCAACCAUACUCUUAACGGGUUGAACACACCUCGCGCCGCGACGAGGUGCGGAUUUCGAGGGGAGGAGACGCGCCCUGCGCACCGUCGCUACUUCCAGGCUAGCUCACUGGCAUCGAAUCCGCCGCAGGGUGGGCUACCAGAGAUACCCCUUGGCCAUUCGCGAUCUAGGUCCGUCCUUCAAGGGAUUAACGAGAGCAGCUCGCCUAUCACUGAGACAACCGUAUCUAAUUCGCAACAUCUUCUUGACGUCGAGGCACAGGCAAGCGAGCUUCAAGAUGCCCAUAAGCCAUUAAUGCCCUCACCCCUCCGGCCCCAUUUAGAACGGAACCAAAAGUCCGGACUACUUCGCAAUGAGCAAAUCAAUACCACCGAGUCUUCCUUCAAUGAUAUCACAAGUAGUUCAAAUAAUGACCCUUUUAGGUAUGAUCAACGAGACUACUGGGGAGCUCCUUACCUAUGGAAGGAAAGGGAGGUUAGUCAAGCUCUUAGACGAGCGAGCAAAGUUGGAGACGCCAGCGAAACCACUAUUGCUACUCCUGAAGCUAGCCCGCGCCCUGCACUAUGGCCGGCACCCAAAUCAGCUCCUCGCCAUGCUAGUGUGGCCUUGGGCAGUAAGCGUCCAGAAGGCCAGUUCUUUCAUAAACCUGCACUUCAGUCUACCUUCGAAGACGACGAAGGCCAGACCCAGGAAGUAAAAAUAAUCAUCGGCAGCCCGCCAGAGCCCCAAAGAAAGAGAGAGCUAAAGCGCGACAGAGUUAGUGGAUUGGCCACGGAUCACUUCCAACUAGACAGCCUACCCGCUGGCUUACCCCUUAGAGAUUCUACUGCCAAUCAAACUUGGGUGACGGACGGUUACAGUGAUAUCAUAAAGGUAGCUGGAAGCAGCAUCGCAGACUAUUCAGAUGACGACGGCGAAGGAAACCGACCUAGUUUAUGCGGUUCGAGCUGCGCUAUUAUCCAACACCCCCUUAAAGACAACGAUCCGGGAUUGUACGGGUUACGAACAUUGAAAGACACCAAGAGAUCAGUACUCCUUCCAAAGACGAGGCUUUUCCGUGGCGGCGCAUUUCAAGACAACUCUUCGCGCUACUUCUCGGGCAGCACUUCAAAGAACACCGGCUUCAGUCAGCUACCACCUUUUCCUCGAGGACUUUCAAACCCCUUUGGUAAAAAGGAACCCUAUCGAAAUGCAGACUCCGAGGGAAAUUUUACUCUCAAUUUCAAAAGAAACGGGCCUUCUAAGUAUGAUUUCCGCGACUCUACUUCGGAAUACAUGCCGAGCGUCCGUGGAAGCCGGGUCCUAUCGGGUAUCUCAUUCUGUAACAGACAUAUAAUCACAAAUGAAGAUGAGCUAGAGAUGGAGGACCUCUCGAAGCAUGUUCACGAAGAUGCCACACUUAGAACACCCGGACUAGAGACCACUAGCAGCAAGCAGCAAGAGGUGGGUUCGCCACUGAGCGAACGAGCCAAACCGCAGCCAUAUGAACCUCGCCUUGUAGACCAGGAUUAUCCUAUCCGCUACGGUAACUGGUUCCAGGAGGAGAAAAACCAAGAAAUGGCUUCCCAUUCCUCAUUCAAUGCCUCGUUCAAUGGGGAACCUAUCUCCCCCCAGUCCAAAUUCGAAUUUGAGCUUCUCCCCCUUGAUGAAGCGCAGAGAAAGAAUAAGCAGCAACGAGAGAGUGGCGAAAAGGACGAGACGGAGUCCCCAUUAAGCCGAUCUCACCGCACGGUUAGCUCCUGGUCUAAUUGCAGUCCUCCGACCUUAACUGCGGUUCAGCUUCCGAUGCCGGUUCACGUUUCAAGCGGCCGAACAGCUCCCCAUUUAUCGCUUGACUUCAGUCCUUCGACCCACCCCUCUUACGGCGAUGUAUUCAAGGGUAAGUUUGCAUACUUCAAUACUAGAGGACCUUGA